AUGCGGUUCUCAUCAUGGCCGAGUCCAUCGGCUAGUCACUCAUUAUCUAUGAUAGGCUUCUCCAUCCUGUUGACAUUAACACCAUUAUCGACUGCGAUUACUUUCCAACCGGCUCCAUCCGCCAACCUCGAUCUUUCGAACUUAGGUCGUGUAGGACUUGGUGGAGAUUUCGAUGGUAUAUCGUUAUACAAAUUCAAGGGACAAACCGAGGAUGGAUACAACACCACCACCCAGUCAGUCAUGGCACGAUUUCCAACAGGUGAAUUCGACGCCUUGGCAUCUGCCGAUGCUUCGAUCGCAGCUAUGUGCUCAUAUGUCAAAUCGGAUGGCACUCUCGUGGGUGUCGUGAUUGGAGGUAACUUCACGAGCUUAGGAAAUGUGGAGUCACAAGGCAUUGCAUUGUUCAACUCGAAUACAUCGGCCAUCACUGCACUUCCUGGAUUAUCAGGAUCCGUUUCGGCACUCUUAUGCGACGAAUCGACCAACGCAGUCUACAUUGGAGGUUACUUUGAUUCUACGAAUUCUUCAAAUGUAAUCAAGUUGGUGGACCAUACAUUGGUCGCCCUUCCAUUUUCUGGAUUUAACGGGCGGGUCAACUCAAUUUCGAAGGCUUCGAAUGGGAAUAUCAUCUUCGGUGGGGCUUUCACAGGACUAGGAAACUCUACUGCAACAAUCACCAGUAAAAGUAGUAGUAACACAACUGAUCAGCAAAUUGUCAAUAUUUCCGGCGCCAAUAUCACAAGCAGCGGCUCAACCACAACUUCUGGCUUUGGCGAUCCAACAAAUAUUGUAUGCAAGACCGGUGGCAUUGACGGCUCCGGAGAUAGUUGGUUACUGAAAGAUGAUUCUGCUGGGAUUUGGAAAGCUACAUUCGGAUUCGGCUUUCAACCUACCAAGCUGAGGUUAUGGAAUACACAUCUAGAUGGUCGAGGUACCAAAACCUGGAGAUACACAGCUCAACCGAUCAACGGAAUCAUGAAUUUCACCUAUAUCGAUCCAGCUACGGGCUCUAAUGCAUCAUGCACUUCCGAAUGCCCAUUGAGCAGCAAUACCAGUAUUCCAUACCAGGACUUUCAUUUUGUGAAUUCAGUUGGCAUGGAUGCCUUUCAGAUCGAUAUCUCUGCUUGGUACGGUAGUGGAGGUGGUUUGGAUGGUAUUGAGCUUUUCCAGGAUGAUAUAUUUUCCUAUGCAAUCAACGAUUUCAACGAGCCUUCAUGCGCUUCUUUAUCCACUGCCUCGAACGCUUCAAAUACAGGACCUUGGACUGUCAGCCCUUCGUUCCAAAGUAUCGCAGAGUACCUCACUGGUAAAUUUACGGCAGACACAGCAAGCUCAGCUUCUGUGGUAUUCUACCCAAACAUCAGAGAGUCUGGGAACUAUACAGUAAAGAUGUACACACCUGGAUGUAUUCAAGAUAAUACAUGCUCAAGCCGGGGAUCUGUGGUUGUAAAUGGAACUGUGGCUAGUGGGACAACUAGUGCAACCACAACCGCAACCUUUGGUUCACCGAUUACCCUCUUCCAGUCCAAUGACUACGACAAGUAUGACCAAAUAUACUCUGGUUAUAUACAGGCUGCCAGCGGUUCCUUCCGCCCCUCAGUGACCCUUACUCCAAGUGGUCAAAUACCUGGAAAUUCCGAGAAUUUCACGAUUGUAGCUCAACGUGUUGGAUUCAUCUUGAACAAUGCGACUAGCACCGGAUUGAAUGGUCUUUUCGAAUUUGAUCCAAGCCAAACCGUCAUUAACACUUCCGAUUUCCAGAACAACACUGUCGAUCAAGCUGGUAUGAGCCUCAACGAUGAUGCUGAGGUCAACGCAGUUGUGACUUCUGGCAGCACUACUUUUGUUGGAGGAAACUUUUCUGCAACAUCAUACCAAAACAUAUUCUCGAUUUCAGGCACCAGUGUCAAGUCAUUGGCUUCGGGUGGUUUAAACGGGGUGGUCCUUACUAUGCUUCUUAAUGACACGAUCCUAUAUGUUGCUGGCAACUUCAGUAGUAAUACAGUCUCAACUACCACUGCAGGUUUGAGCAAUAUUGCCGCUUACGAUACAACACAGAACAAAUGGAGCGCAUUGGGCGCCGGUGUCAACGGACAAGUUUCAUCAGUGGUACCAAUAUCAAUGAACAUCACCACUAACAAACCAGAGACUGUAAUUACCUUGACUGGAGAUUUUGACCAGCUCCUUGCAUUUGGAAGCAAUUCUUCUGUAGCCGUCUCUGGUUUCGCCAUUUGGGUGCCAUCACACGACAAUUGGCUACAAAAUCUUGAUCUUGCGACUAUGGCUAUCAAUGGUCAGCUCACUGCCGCUGUGAAUGCUUCCGGCGACUACAUUUUUGCUGGUUCGCUUUCAUCCUCACAACUCGCCGUCAAUGGAGUAGUUUCUCUUUCACCAGGACUGAGCCCAUUUCCUGUUAAUAUCCAAGCUUCUCAACCACAGUCUACAUCAACCUUAUCAAAGAGAGAUACUGCCAGUCAAAACGUUAGCGGUGUUGUUACCGGACUGUUUUAUGAGAGUGGCUCACGGAAUGUUACAAUUCUUGGUGGUCAUUUUACUGCAACUUCCACCAAUGGCACCGAUGUCAAUAACCUUGUCUUUAUUGAUGGCGCGAAUGACAACAUGGUCACAGGAAUUGGGUCUCAGAUCGACGCAGACUCCACUUUCCAUGCAUUGGCCAUACAAGACGAUAUGCUGUAUGCCGGGGGCUCUGUUACCGGCACUGUUGGCGGAGGAAAGAUCAAUGGGCUCAUUUUAUACAAUCUCAAGACUUCAACAUUUGCAUCGCAAACACCAGCACUCGGCGGGAAAUCGGCUAUAGUCAAUGACAUUGCUGUCAGGACGAAGAAUGGUGAUGUAUAUGUUGGCGGAAGCUUCACUGAAGCCGGAUCUCUGGAUUGCCCAGGAGUCUGCCUAUUUACAGCCUCUGCAUCACAAUGGAAUCGUCCAGGAACAAACCUUGAAGGCACUGUGAAUACCAUGCUUUGGGCCAGCGAUGCAUCUCUUAUUGUUGGCGGGUCAUUGACAGUCAAUGGAGCCAAUGCAUCCUUAGCAACUUACGAUACCAAGGGUCAAACGUGGACCACCGCUACUGGUGCAAAUGCCAUCCCAGGAACAGUUACCUCUAUUGUCCCAGCGACUAGUGAUAUUUCACAAUACUGGGUAGCUGGUACUGCAACUAAUGGAUCGGCAUUCAUUAUGAAGUAUGAUGGCACAAACUGGUUCUCGGUUGGGGAUGUAUUCGAAAGUGGCUCAGUCAUUCGUGGUCUUCAGAUGAUGCCUCUUACAUCAAAUCACGAUGACUCCGAGCUUGUUCCUUCCAAUCAAGUUUUGAUGGUUACUGGUGCCAUGGUGCUGCCCACCUUUGGUAACGUCUCGGCAGUUCUAUUCAACGGAACCACCUUUGAACCUUUCGCACUCACAGGCAGUACUUCAAAUACCGGAGGUAGCCUGUCGCACAUUUUCUCUCAAGAGAAUAACUUUUUUCAAUCAUCAGGUGGUCAUCUCGCGAUUGGCUUGGUUGUACUUAUUGCUCUAGCAAUAUCUCUCGCAUUAAUAUUCCUUCUUGUCAUUGCCGGUGUACUGGCAGAACGUAUCAGAAGAAAACGUGAGGGUUAUAUGCCUGCACCAACGAACAGCUACGAUCGAAAUAAUGGAAUGUCAAGAAUACCUCCACAACAACUAUUUAGCUCACUAGGUCAAGGUCGAGCAGCCGAAAAAGCACCCAUGAUUUGA